GACAGACUCCGACAGAUCCUUUCUCCUCCACGGACAUGCUCAGCUGAAGACGGGGAUGCAGACUCAGGACAGACACCUCUUCCUGUUCAACGACAUCCUCGUGAUUGCCAAAGCCAAAUCAGCCAACCACUUCAAGCAGAAGGCCCAGGUGUGUGUGUGUGAGAUGUGGACGGCGGGCUGCAUGGACGAGGUGUGUGAGGGAAGCACGAACCCCGAGAGCAGCUUCGUCAUGGGCUGGCCCACCUGCAACUGUGUUGCUACGUUUAGCUCAGCAGAACAGAAGGAGAAAUGGCUCUCCCUCCUCAAAAGUCGGAUAAAACAAGAGAAGGACAAGGAAGAACCUAAAACCAUCCCUCUGCGAGUCUACGGGAAGGGAAUCAAUACUUUUGCUGUUACCAAGACGCUGCCGGUCAGCAACUCAGAUUCAACUAAUGAGGUGAUCCGACUGGCCCUGCAGCAGUUUGGCAUCAUAGGAAACGUCAAAGACUUCCAGCUGUGGGUCAUCUCCAAGAGGGACACGACUCCUUAUCCUCUAAUCGGUCAUGAGUUUCCCUUCAGCAUCCAGAUGAGUCAUGUGAGAGCCUCUCAGGCGGGAGGUGGAGGCAGAGAUGCUGCUGCAGCACCUGCAGACAGAGAGAAGACGAUGCAGGUGGAGCAGCUGCAGGUUUACAAACAGUGUCAGUUCAUCCUGAAGCCUCGACCCGUCGAAUCGCAGCAGCAGCACGUUUCAGCAGAUUUGCCUCAGAAGUCGUUCAAAAGGCGGCGUUCUCUGAUCACCUGGGCCUUCUGGAGAGGCUCCUCCUCCCACCUGAAUGAACUAUCCCUGGCUGGUGCUGCUCGAGGCUGCCUGUUCAGCCAGCCGCUCAGCUCUGUUUGUGUAGAGGACGCUCUGCCAAAGCCGGUCAUGGACAUGCUGGCGUUUCUCUACCACGAGGGUUCUUGGACUCGGGGGAUCUUCCGUCGGCCGGCGGGAGCUCGAGCCGUCAGGGAGCUGAGAGACUCUCUGGACAGCGGAGAGGUUCAGCUUCCUCUGACACGAGACCACGUUUUUAUCAUAGCCGGAGUCUUUAAGGACUUCUUGCGCAGCAUCCCGGGCAGCUUGCUGUGUUGUGAACUGCAUGAAGAAUGGAUGGAAGCUCUGGAGGAAGAUGAUGAGGAGGAAGAGCAGGUGCAGGACAUCCACAGGAUGAUCGCUCGGCUGCCCAAAGAGAACGCCCUGCUGCUGCGCUACCUGCUGGCCGUGCUGCACGGUAUCCAGGGUAACGCCCAGGAGAACCAGAUGACCAGUUUUAAUUUGUCGGUCUGCAUCGCUCCCAGCUUGCUGUGGCCUCCAGGAGCUCCUUGUAGCCCCGAGGUGGAGGGAGAGGGGACUAAGAAGGUUUGUGAGCUGGUGAAGUUCAUGAUUGAACACUGUCAGCAGAUUCUUGGAGAAGAUCCGUCCUCGCUGUUUGGAGGAGCUCCACAGAGAGUCAACAGUGAGGAGACAGGAUCAGAGUCGUGGGUUUACCCUCUGACCGACUCCUCCUACGACAGUCUGGAGAACGAGCUGGACAACAGCAGCGGCGGCUCACCAGGAUUCUGCACCAGAACUUGUCUCCGCCCCAAACCGCUCCAAGGCAGCCUGGACUCCAUCCUCACCUUCAGCGACUACGACCAAGACGCCGACCCGGACGCACGCCGCAAGCAGAAGCUCCACCCUCGGGGGAGACACAGGAGGCCGGAGCUGGACAAACCGAUGGUGGACGCCUCCUCCACGCUGGACUCUCUGUCCCUGGAGGGCCGACACACCCAGCGGCGGCGCUCGGAGCCGGCCAUAGCAUACGUGGCCAAGUUCCAGCCGUGUCCUUCAGGCAGCACGGACGGUCUGACCGGGGAGGACGAGGACGGCGACGAGGAAGUUUCCAAGAGUCGCCACACACUGACUCUGCCACACUGCAGGGGUCAGAGCAGGAGGCCUGCUGGAGAGUGUGGGGUGAACGGUGGCCGGUCAGCAGCUCUGGAGGCCAGCUCCUCCAGCCUCUCCUCUACACCCGUCUCCCCCACACCCACCCGCUCCUCACUCGACUCUCUGGACUCCCUCAGCAAUGACCAAAGCUGGGCGACCAGGAGGGGGCUUCACCCAAACAAAGCACCCUCCAGCUCGCUCUACACCUCCGUCUCCUCCACAUUCUUCAGCUCCACUGAACAUCCAGACCGAGGAGCUCCAGCCAAAGGCUCCCCGCCUAAAGAACCGCUCAGCUGGGGGACAUUAAAGGGCUGCAGGGGCCUCCAUCCAAACUCCUGGCUGAAGAAAGACCGGAGGCUGUCGCUGACGCAACAAGACAACUUGGAGAAGGAGGAAGAGGACAAGACAGGGGGAGGAGCUGCUGAUAAAUCACUCACACCAGGAAAAGGACGGUCGGGUGAGAAGGGAACAGCAAAACUGAUGUCCAGCAGCCAACCCAAGUCCAACAGAGGCUCCAACGACGUGAGGGGGAGACCUCACCGACCUCCUAAACACGACUCAUCCAGCCCUCCUUCCCACCACCGCUCCACCGGGAGCCUCCAUUAUUCUAAAUCCAGCUGCUUUCCCUCCCCGCAGGCCCUGAUAACCUCUGAGCCUCCAGCCGACAGCAGACGAGCAGCUCACAGUGAGCCCAAGCAGCCGUCUCCGUCUUUAUUUUACAAACACAGCGGACCUUCUCUGUCCCUGUUCAAGCGGCAGAAGUCUCACUCUGUAGAGGAGGAGUUCAACUCUCGGCUCUAUCAGCGCCGCGGGUCAGAACCAGGCCGGCAGGUCGUGGACCGAGCCGCCACUCUGACCCGGGCCAGGCUGCCCAGCGACCCGGGACUGAAGGUUUCAGAAGUGGAUCCACAGGGAGGAGGAACCUCUGAGGCUCGGUUCUGCCUCUCUCCUCACGCCACCAAGACAGUGAGGGACUACUUCUCCUCACACCUGUGCAGCAAUCCUCAGAGCAGCCAGCAGGUGGCGCUGGCUCUGGUGGAGAGUCGCAGGGAGUGGCUGAAGAGAUGCAGCGACCCGUCGGCAGAACCAGACUUUGACCAGCUGCUGUUCGCAGAAGAAUCCUACGUGUGAUUCUGGAGCGAAACAAUCAGAUAAAUGCAACACAAACCACCUUAAACACAACAGUACAGAGCCACAAAUACACAACUUUAACCCUCCUGUUGUCCUCAUUUACUGGCACCAAAAGAUACUGUUUUGUUGUCUGAAAAAAUCUGAAAAAUUCCCCACAUUUCUGAAAAAAAUUGCAAAACCUUCAAGAAGAAAAUUCCAAUAAUUCCAAGUUAUAUUUUCAAAAAAUCCUAAAAAUAAAAAAAAUCCUAAAAAUAUAUCAAAUGAUUACAUGUAUAUCAGUAAAAUCUCUGUUUUCUUUAAGAACAUUCACCAAAAAUGUUGUGAAUGUUCUUAAGAAACAUUUUUAACAUUUCUUUUUUCCGACCACAAAAUGUUCAAACAUUUCCCAAAAACGUUGAAAAUGUGGACAUCAGAAAUUUCACUGCAAAAAUAUUGUCUUUUCCCACAUUUUCAAACUAAAGCGGGUCGAUUCUGACCUGCAGGACGACACGAGGGUCAAAGCGGAGCCAUCAGGAAACAGCAGUCUGAAACUUGAAUUUGACUCUCUAGCGACACAUUUUACAAAUAAAUCUGACUUGUUUGCCAAAGCAGAGCAAACCAAGUAAAGCUACUUCCACACAAAACCAACUGUAACUUUUUUUGUUUUACUACAUGGAGAAAUAAGUCUAUUUGCCUAGUGCUUAUUGCCAUUAAGGGAACGUGACUGAUUUUAGCUGAAAUGUCGUCAAGACAAAGAAUCAUUUACUGUGGUCUAAGCCGAUCGGCUGUGUUGGCAUCUGUGUGUUUUUAUUUAAAUAUAUUAGGCCAAAGUUAAACCUGCCAAUUUUAAACUACCUGCUGUUGCCUUCUUUUCUAAUUCAGACUCAUUGGAUGCCUGAUAGCUGACUGGAGCCGCGAUUUGUUUGAAUAGUGAACCAGUUUCCUGCUACUAUAAACACACGAAGGGCAACAAACGGUAACUUCUACAAACUACUUUCUUGUAUUAUUACUUUAAACCUGAGCUUUCCUGCGUCGACACUGUUUUAAAAAGUUAACGUGCAAUCGCUGCAUAUGAACAAAAUAGCAAUUUCGUUAUAAAAGCAGCUUAUAUGAAUGUAGUUCAUGGUACUUAAAUAUGUUUCAAGUUCGCACAAGUUGUAAAUGUCAUUUUUAAAACGCUUUUAGUGAAGUCGAUGCUACGUUUUGCCAACUGUAGCGAAUAUGGAAUAUCAUUACUGAAUACACCUUUCUAGAUGCUAAAGUUUAGCUUCCUACAGUGAGAUCUGCUCUCUUAUUCUCUAUUGAACUGACAUUUUAAUUAGGGCUGCACGAUGUUACAAAAAAAACUCACUUCAAGCUAAGAGCUUUUUGCUAGCACAGUUCAAAUUUGGGGCUUCUGUUUAAUUUCGAAGCUUCUUCGUGGAACCAGGUUAUCUUUUCAAUCUGUUUAUACUCCGCCAAGGAACGCAGUGGAGUUAUGUGAUGAUCAGCGUAUGUUUGUCCGUCUGUCUGUCUAUCUGUGUGCAACAUUACUCAAAAACGUACCAACGGAUUUGGAUGAAAUUUUGAGGAAAUGUCAGAAAUGACACAAGGACCAAGUGAUUAGAUUUUGGCAGUGAUGCUGCUUGUAGUCUGGAUUUGUUAAAGAUUUCUGUAUCAUCACAAGAUAGCAGCACGGCGUCACUGUAACUAUGACAACAAGAGAACACUAUAUAGCGAUCACAUGAUUGUGAUCUCACUGCAAAUCCACCGCUGCGGAUUUAUCAGGACUUGUCUGUUGGAAGUCAUACAAGGACCAGUUGAUUAAAUUGUGAGGGUGUUUCUGAGUCCCAUCAAUUCCCACCGCGUGCUACAUAUUUAGAUCACGUGAUUCUGUAUCCGUACAUGAUGUAGACAUGUAUAACACGCCUGUGCUCAGCACAAGGUCAUUUUGUUUGUGGGUACAUAGGUAUUAAACGGCCACAUUCUAUGUAGCUGUGAUUUCUGAUCAUCAAUUACUAAUAAAAAAUGCUGCAUGUCUGACAAUGCCUUAUAGGGGAAUGAGCAGCCUUGGCGGAGUGCUUUUCUUGUUUUUAAGACAGUUUGUUGACAUGCAGGCUCACAGCAAAUUCAGCGAGGAACAGGAGAAGAUCACAGUAUCAGUUGUAUUUGAAAUGCGCAACGGCUACAUUUCUGGACUACUGAUCAGAAGGUCAGAGGUUCAAACCCCGAUGUGGCCACUGUCAGGCCCUUAACCCCUUCUACUCUGUGAAAUAAAUUUAUGCUACAGUUAUCCAGUGUUACAUCGUAUGAGAAAAGUUCUUUUGAAAUGAUUUUAGAUUUUCUAUGCAGAUACUCGCCUAUUUAAAAUUCCUGCAUUUUUUUCACAUCACUAUCGUGCAGCCCUAAUUCCUGAAGCUUCUCUGCAUUAGCACUCACAUUACGUCAAUCGUCUCAGGACUGAUUGACGCUUACGAUGGCACAAUUUGUAGAUCUGAUUCUUGUUUUGUGUUUGUUGCCAAUGAUCCAGUUUUCACAUAGGCCUGAUUUGAAUUAAUCAUGUCACGUUUUUUCAAGCUUUAUAUUUUGUGCAGCUUUAAAAUAGACCACAGGACUGUUGCUUUCUCACACUGCCUCCUUAUUGUCAUGUAUUCAUAUGCUGUGUUAAUAAGCUAUAAAGUCUGCAUUUCCAAAUAAAAUGGCGUCAGUUUAAAUCUGA